GGGUGGGUGACUGCAGCAGGUUGGGAAUUUUAAUCAUUCUACCUUACACAAAGAAGCAGAAAAAACAACAUAAAGAAAAAUUAGGAAUAAAGACAGAAGACCUGUGGGAAUUAUUUCUUACUUUUAAGACUCUGGAAGAGUCCCAGAGCAGAAGAAUCAACUCUCCGCCUCCCUCUUCCCUCCCAUUACUCUCCUCCUCUGCCUAACCCAAAACACUCGGCCAUCCAUGAGUGGGACCAACUCCUCUGCCUAUCGAUCGGAGCGUAGUUUCCACCAGACCUCUUCCUCAUCCUCAUCUUCUAGUAACCCAUACAUGGAGAAGAGCCGGGGACUGUUUGCUGAGGACUUUGGCUCCUUCAUGAGGCCUGGGAGCAAUGCUCUGGGGUUUUCCAGUGGAUCUGGAAACAUCAAGACUCUUGGGGAUUCAUACCAGUUCACAGUUGACGUGCAAGACUUCUCCCCUGAAGAUGUCAUUGUCACCACAUCCAACAACCAGAUUGAAGUUCAUGCAGAAAAGUUGGCCCAGGAUGGUUCGGUGAUGAACACGUUCACACACAAGUGCCAACUACCUGAGGAUGUGGACCCCACCACAGUGACAUCAUCACUGGGCGCAGAAGGGACCCUAACAGUCAAGGCACGGCGACUGCCGGCCAAACACGAGCUCGUACAGACCUUCCGCACCGAGAUCAAGAUCUAAAGAGGGGACUCGCUUUCUGAUAACAAACUUCUCACUUUUUGUGUUCUUAUGCUUCUUCCUGCAUUUCCUGUCUUUGCUUAAACAAUUUUUACUUUAAAAACUCAGCAGAGAGUUGGCACCCUGCUCUAUAAAACAUGCCACGUCCUCCAUAUCCAUGACUGCAACAACGCCUGCUGCUGCUCAUUUAUAUUCUGAGUUAGUUCAAUAUACACAGCAGCAGUAGGUCAAAUCUGCAGGGUCACACACACACACACACACACACGCACGCACACACACACACACACACACACACACACACACACACACACACACACACACACACACACACACACACACACACACACACACACACACACACACACACACACACACACACACACACACACACACACACACACACACACACACACACACACACACACACACUACUUGUGCUGUAUUCCAACCUAGUUCUGAAAAUGAAGACUCACCUAAGAAAUUGAUGGUUACCAUGCAAAUAAUAAUUUGAAAUAUAUCACAUUUGUGUGAAUAAAAUAAUCCUGCUUUGACAUAAA